AUGGAGGGAAGAUUCCUCAUGAAUCAGUCUGCAGUGUUCCUUGGAGAUAGAUCUGGGAGAGUCACUCAGGAGGGUCCAGAAGGACAAAAAGGAAAGGUUUGCCCUUGUCCCGCUACAGACGAGCUUUAUUCUGCUGAGGAGGAGGAAGAGAAAUUUGAGCUGAAUAUAUUUUUGAUUAAUACUUCCUGUACUUUGUGCUAUUCACAGAUCUACAGUGCAGUGAGAAGGGGAGAAGAAACAGAAGAGACAAUUAGAUCUCUUCUCCAUUUCUUCACAAAGCUCCCAGCCUCCGAGACAGCCCAUGAAAGGAUUAGCAUUGGUCCGUGCUUAAAGCAAUGUGUCCAAGACACUGUUUGUGAGUAUCGUGCCACCCUCCAAAGGACUUCCAUAUCUCAGUACAUCACCGGCUCUCUCCUAGAAGCCACCACAUCUUUAGGAGCAAGAAGUAACCUUCUCAAUUCUUUUGGAGGAUCCACCGGACGAAUGAUGCUGAAAGAACGCCAGCCAGGCACCUCUAUGGCCAAUCCCAGUGCCCUCCCUUCAAGUUCAGCUGGGAUCAGCAAGGAGCUGAUUGAUCUGCAGCCCCUCAUCCAGUUCCCAGAGGAAGUUGCCAGCAUCCUGAUGGAACAGGAGCAGAAUAUUUACCGAAGGGUCUUGCCGGUUGACUAUCUUUGCUUCUUGACCCGGGACUUGGGCACCACGGAAUGCCAGAGGUCCCUGCCCUGCCUCAAAGCGUCCAUCUCAGCAUCCAUUCUUACCUCCCAGAACGGAGAGCAUAAUGCCCUUGAAGAUCUUGUGAUGAGGUUUAAUGAGGUGAGCUCCUGGGUGACGUGGCUGAUCCUCACGGCGGGCUCCAUGGAGGAGAAGCGGGAAGUCUUCUCGUAUUUGGUGCACGUGGCCAAAUGCUGCUGGAACAUGGGCAACUACAACGCCGUCAUGGAGUUCUUGGCCGGCCUCAGGUCAAGAAAAGUUUUAAAAAUGUGGCAGUUUAUGGACCAGUCUGACCUGGAGACGAUGAGGAGCCUGAAGGACGCCAUGGCCCAGCAUGAAUCUUCCUGCGAGUACAGGAAGGUGGUGACUCGGGCGCUGCACAUCCCCGGCUGUAAGGUGGUUCCGUUCUGCGGGGUGGUUCUGAAGGAGCUCUGUGAGGUGCUUGACGGAGCCUCCGGCCUCAUGAAGCUUUGCCCGAGGUACAAUUCCCAAGAAGAAACUCUAGAGUUUGUAGCCGAUUACAGUGGACAAGAAUUCUUACAGCGAGUGGGACAGAAUGGCUUAAAGAAUUCAGAGAAGGUCACCGUCAACAGCAGCUUUCAGAUCAUCAGGAAGCUGCAGUCGAAGUCUGAGACAGAGGAGGAGGACAGCUCCAGUGAAGGGAACAGCUCUAGGAAAAAUUCCUUGAAGGAUAAAGCCCGAUGGCAGUUUAUAAUUGGAGAUCUGUUGGAUUCUGAAAAUGACAUCUUUGAGCAGCCCCAAGAAUGGGACCCUCACGCAUCAGAAGAGCCACAGAAGGCCUUUGACCAUGGGACAGAGCUCAUCCCGUGGUACGCGCUGUCCAUCCAAGCUGAUGUGCACCAAUUCCUGCUGCAGGGGGCCACGGUCAUCCACUAUGACCAGGACAUGCACCUCUCUGCCCGCUGCUUCCUCCAGCUUCAGCCUGACAAUAGCACCUUGACCUGGAUAAAGCCCACCACUGCUUCCCCAGCCAGUGCUAAAGCAAAACUUGGUGUGCUUAGUAACACAUCCGAGCCUGGCAAAUUCCCAUUACUGGGCAAUGCUGGAUUAAGUGGCCUGGCAGAGGGGGUCUUGGAUCUGUUUUCAGCAAAGGCUGUGUACAUGGGACACCCUAGCAUUGAUAUACACACUGUGUGUGUCCAGAACAAACUGAGUAACAUGUCUCUCUCAGAGACUGGAGUGACACUGCUCUACGGGCUUCAGACCACAGACAAUAGGUUAUUGCACUUUGUGGCACCAAAGCACACAGCUAAAAUGCUCUUCAGUGGAUUGUUGGAACUCACUAGAGCUGUGAGAAAGAUGAGGAAGUUCCCUGACCAAAGACAGCAGUGGCUGCGGAAACAAUACGUCAGCCUCUACCAGGAGGAUGGACGAUAUGAAGGCCCAACUUUGGCUCACGCUGUGGAGUUGUUUGGCGGCAGACGAUGGAGUACUCGAAACCCCAGUCCCGGGACAUCAGCAAAGAGUGCUGAGAAGCCCAACGUGCAGAGAAACAACACCUUGGGUAUAAGCACCACCAAGAAAAAGAAGAAAAUCCUUAUGAGGGGUGAGAGUGGAGAGGCCACCGACGACGAGAUGGCCACCCGCAAAGCAACGCACAAAGAGUGUCGGAGUCGGAGUGGUUCUGAUCCUCAAGACGUUAACGAACAAGAAGAAUCAGAGGCGAACGCCAUCACAAGCCCUCCUAACCCUCUCCCUUCCAGAAGAGCCCACUCUUUGACCACGGCUGGGUCCCCUAACUUGGCUGCCGGGACGUCAUCUCCCAUCAGGCCAGUGUCCUCCCCUGUGCUGUCUUCUUCAAACAAGAGCCCGUCCAGUGCUUGGAGCAGCAGCAGCUGGCAUGGGCGCAUCAAAGGAGGAAUGAAGGGCUUUCAGAGCUUCAUGGUUUCAGACAGCAGCAUGAGUUUUGUGGAGUUUGUUGAACUGUUCAAAUCAUUCAGUGUGAGGAGCCGCAAGGACCUGAAGGAUCUCUUUGACAUCUACGCCGUACCCUGCGACCGAGCCAGCUCCGAGGCGGCCCCCCUCUACACCAACCUGACCAUUGAUGAAAACACCAGCGGUCUUCAGCCUGACCUAGAUUUGCUGACCAGAAAUGUCUCCGAUUUGGGGUUAUUCAUUAAGAGUAAACAGCAGCUGUCCGACAACCAGAGGCAGAUAUCUGAUGCCAUUGCUGCUGCAAGUAUCGUGACAAAUGGCACUGGGGUGGAGAGCACAUCCCUGGGCGUAUUUGGAGUUGGCAUCCUCCAGCUCAAUGACUUCCUAGUGAAUUGCCAAGGAGAACACUACACUUACGAUGAAAUCCUCAGCAUCAUCCAGAAGUUCGAGCCUAGUAUCAGUAUGUGUCAUCAGGGCCUAAUGUCGUUUGAAGGAUUUGCAAGGUUUCUGAUGGAUAAAGAUAAUUUUGCCUCAAAAAAUGAUGAGUCGCAGGAGAACAUUAAAGAAUUGCAAUUGCCCCUCUCCUACUAUUACAUUGAAUCGUCACACAAUACCUACCUCACAGGCCAUCAACUCAAAGGAGAAUCCUCAGUAGAACUCUACAGCCAGGUCCUCCUGCAAGGCUGUAGGAGUGUAGAGUUGGACUGCUGGGACGGAGAUGAUGGGAUGCCCAUCAUUUAUCAUGGACACACCCUGACAACCAAGAUCCCCUUCAAGGAAGUGGUUGAAGCCAUUGACCGCAGUGCCUUUAUCAACUCCGACCUCCCCAUCAUCAUAUCGAUUGAGAACCACUGUUCAUUGCCUCAGCAACGAAAAAUGGCAGAAAUUUUCAAGACUGUGUUUGGAGAAAAACUGGUGGCUAAAUUCUUAUUUGAGAGUGAUUUCUCAGAUGAUCCAAUGCUUCCCUCACCUGACCAACUCAGGAGGAAAGUGCUUCUCAAAAAUAAGAAGUUAAAAGCCCAUCAGACACCGGUGGAUAUAUUAAAGCAAAAGGCUCAUCAGCUAGCGUCCAUGCAAGCUCAGGCUUAUAAUGGCGGCAGUGCCAACCCUCCACCUGCUAAUAACGAAGAAGAGGAAGAUGAAGAGGACGAAUAUGAUUAUGACUAUGAAUCCCUCUCUGACGACAACAUUCUAGAAGACAGACCUGAAAAUAAAUCAUGUAAUGACAAACUUCAGUUUGAGUAUAAUGAAGAAAUCCCCAAGAGGAUAAAGAAAGCAGAUAACUCUGCUUGCAACAAAGGAAAGGUUUAUGACAUGGAACUGGGAGAAGAAUUUUAUCUUCCUCAGAAUAAAAAGGAAAGCAGACAGAUUGCACCAGAGCUUUCUGACCUUGUCAUCUAUUGCCAAGCAGUAAAGUUUCCAGGCCUGUCAACUCUAAAUGCAUCUGGCUCUAGCAGAGGAAAAGAAAGGAAAAGCAGGAAGUCCAUUUUUGGCAACAAUCCGGGCAGAAUGAGCCCCGGGGAGACAGCAUCAUUUAACAAAACAUCUGGAAAAAAUUCCUGUGAAGGAAUGCGACAGGCCUGGGAGGACUCGCCUUCCUCUGUCAACCCAACCACGUCCCUCAGCGCGAUCAUUAGAACUCCCAAAUGCUACCACAUCUCCUCGCUGAAUGAAAAUGCCGCCAAACGUCUGUGUCGCAGGUAUUCUCAGAAACUGAUCCAGCACACUGCCUGCCAGCUGCUGAGGACGUAUCCGGCUGCCACCCGCAUCGACUCAUCCAACCCCAGCCCCCUCCUCUUCUGGCUCCAUGGGAUACAGCUCGUGGCGCUCAACUACCAGACGGAUGAUCUCCCUUUACAUUUAAAUGCUGCCAUGUUUGAGGCCAACGGUGGCUGUGGUUAUGUUCUGAAACCCCCAGUUCUGUGGGACAAGAACUGUCCCAUGUAUCAGAAGUUUUCUCCCUUGGAAAGAGACCUGGACAACAUGGAGUCUGCCGUCUAUUCUUUAACUAUUGUCUCUGGGCAGAACGUGUGCCCGAGUAACAGCACGGGAAGCCCGUGUAUAGAGGUCGACGUCCUGGGCAUGGCCCUGGAUAGCUGCCACUUCCGCACGAAGCCCAUCCACCGCAAUACUCUGAACCCCAUGUGGAAUGAACAGUUCCUCUUCCGGGUUCACUUUGAAGAUCUCCUAUUUCUUCGUUUUGCCGUCGUGGAGAACAACAGCUCGGUGGUAACUGCUCAGAGAAUCAUCCCCCUCAAGGCUCUAAAGCGAGGAUAUCGACAUCUUCAGCUGCGAAACCUCCACAAUGAAGUCUUGGAAAUCUCUAGUUUAUUCAUAAACAGCAGGAGGAUGGAAGAAAAUUCCUCUGGCAAUACUAUGCCGGCCUCUUUGAUGUUUAAUACAGAAGAAAGAAAAUGUUUGCAGAUUCACAGAGUCACAGUACAUGGGGUCCCAGGUCCAGAGCCCUUUGCUGUUUUCUCCAUAAAUGGAGGCACCAAGGCAAAGCAGCUUCUCCAACAAAGUCUGACCAUUGAUCAAGACACCAAACCUAUUGCCACAGACUAUUUUUUAAUGGAAGAAAAAUAUUUUAUAUCUAAAGAAAAGAAUGAAUGUAGGAAACAACCGUUCCAGAGAGCCAUUGGUCCAGAAGAAGAGAUCAUGCAGAUUUUAAGCAGCUGGUUUCCGGAAGAGGGAUAUGUUGGCAGGAUUGUCUUAAAAACCCAGCAGGAAAACCUGGAAGAGAAGAGCAUCGUUCAAGAUGACAAGGAGAUGAUCUUGAGCUCAGAGGAGGAGAGUUUCUUUGUCCAAGUGCAUGACGUUUCUCCAGAGCAACCGCGAACGGUCAUCAAGGCGCCCCGCAUCAGCACCGCGCAGGACGUCAUUCAGCAGACCUUAUGCAAAGCCAAAUAUUCCUAUAGCAUCUUGAGCAACCCCAACCCGGGUGAUUAUGUGCUUUUGGAAGAGGUGGUGAAAGACACUGCCAACAGGAAGUCUUCUACCCCAAAGUCCUCCCAGCGUGUCCUUUUGGAUCAGGAGUGUGUUUUUCAAGCUCAAAGCAGGUGGAAAGGUGCAGGAAAAUUCAUCCUUAAGCUAAAGGAACAAGUGCAGGCAUCCCGAGAAGACAAAAGAAAAGGCAUCUCUUUUGCAAGCGAACUCAAGAAGCUCACCAAGUCGACUAAACAGCCCCGAGGACUCACGUCAUCUUCUCAGGUCUUGGCCUCAGAAAAUGUCCAAAACAAGGAGGAGAAACCUGUGGGCAGCAUGUCCUCCAGUGACACGAUAGACUAUCGACAGUGAGCAAGGGUAGCACGUUUUACCCAGGUGAAGAUCAUUGGGCAAGAAGUUAUAAAGUCAAGAAUGAACAUGAUGGAAACAGAUAUAACUUCCUUAUUUUCAUUAGACUUAAACUGGAAAUUGAUGAUUUCUGAACUUGCGAUAUGAGGUCCACACUGAGGUCAAGCAAAAUGGCACAGCGCUAGCUACCAACCAGUUUCCUGAUGAAGCAAAGAAGCCCAGCAGAUGCCAUUUUACACGUGUCAACAGUUGGAAAAACCAUUGCUAACCUUGCAAUAAGGGUCAACAAACUUUGUAAAGGGCUAGACAGUAAAUAUUUUAGGCCUUAUGGGCCAUACGGUCUCCACUGCAAUGACUCAACUCAGCUGUAGUGCAAAAGCAGCCAUAGACAAUACGUACGUGAAUGAAUGUGGCUCUGAUCCAAGAAAACUAUAUAAAGACACCGAAAUUGUAAUUUCAUAUAAUUUUCCCAUGUAAUAAAUAUUCCUCUUUUGAUUUUUUUAAAUCAUUUAAAAAUGUAAAAACUAUUCUUAGUUCAAGAGCCACACGAAACCAGGUGGCAGGCUGGAUUUGGCCCAAGGGCCAUAGUUUGCUGACCUGACUUAGAAAACUGGGAACAAGAUGCACAGAGGUAUAUGAAAACAAGCAGGCUAGUUUAGUCAUACAUUUUAUGGCUGAGAAUUGGAAGAUUUUGGGCAUUGCAAGUGUAAAUAUGUCCUAUAAGAUUCAUUAAAAAGUAAUUCAAUUUAGUUUCUAUAUUGUGUACCAUUGUGAAUUCUGUAGUAUUUCUUUUUAGCUACAGAAUGAUGUUGGGUUUUUUUUACGUUUAUUGCUUAUAUAUUCACAGACUUUUGGUUUCCAUAAAAUGAAUUUAGAAUAACGUAUAAUAUCUACUGAGUUGUGACAUCUUAACAAGAAACUUAACCAUGUUUUUAAAGCAAAAGUAGAUUGAGUUGGUGUUUAUUUAUUUUACUAGGUUUGUACUGACAUUGUACCUAUAUAUUUAUUAUACAUAGCUUUCUUGAUAUUGCUUGCAGAUUAGAAGCGUUAGUGGUUCUAGCUCACUAUUUGAAAACAAAUCUCCUAAAAAGAAAAUGUAUGCUCUGAAUAUCUGAAAUAGGCCAGAAUUCAUGUAACUUGCCAUUUAAUGUAAAUUAUUUUAAAAACCUUGCUGUAUACAACUAUCAUGUACGUGUAAA